CAUGUGACGGUCCCCAUGAUCCUGUGCGGAAGAGGAAGGGAUUUCAUUAGUGACAACACGCUAACAUUACCUGCUUAUAUUUUCCGCUUGUACCUUUACCUCGCCGCCAUCAGCCCAGCAAUGGACGGAUCUGUCGGAGCAGCUUCAGACGCAGGACCGCCGGCUUAUUACAGAGGAAAUGAAAGCUCCCUGGUUUCAGCCCUCAAGACCCUGCUGUUCUUCACCAUCCUGAUGGUCACGCUGCCCAUUGGUCUCUACUUUGCAACAAAGGCGUUCCUCUUCGAGGGUUCCAUGAAGAUGUCAAGCUCUGACAGCUACUUCUAUGCAGCCAUUGUUGCAGUGCUCGCUGUGCAUGUGGUUUUGGCUUUGUUUGUUUAUGUGGCCUGGAACGAAGGGACGCCUAAAGGGAAGGGCAAAGACGAUUAAGGCAUGUCCUUAUCAGCUCGUUAGACCGGAGGAGACGGGCAGACACGGGCAUGGAUCUGCAGGGCCCCCACCACCCCACCCAACCCCCCCACCAUGGGCUCCAGCACCAAACACAGCACCAUCUACCAACCAGACAGUUAGGGGAUCUGGUUCGCGCUUAGGCUUUAACACAAGGUUAAAGCAUGUAACUACCGUACUAUUCUCUGGUAUGGGGGAGUGGAGACUGUUAGGUGUGUUGUUCACCAGCCUCAGCAGGCCCGCUUAUUGACUUUUUGUUCUCUUAAAAUGUUACUUUUGUUGACAGAGCUAUUUUUAGGAGGCUUUAUUAUACGCUGCCAUUUGGCUAAGUGCUGUACGUAGGAAAACAUCUUGGGUUUUGGGUGAUCCCGAAAUGCUCUACGUCCAUUCUGUCAGAAUUUGCUCUGCUUAUUUGAGCAUUCUGUCCUAAAAUUUCAGUUCUUAUCUGCAGACAUUUAAAGAUGACUCUUAACUUCAAUAUAGACCCAUAAUGUGCUUGACUUUCAUGCUGUAAUUUGAAUCCAAAUCUUCACGACUUCUUCUCUACAGAAUAUUUGGACUCUUCUGUUUGUCUUUGUAAACAAGUGUUUUGUUUUUCCUGAAAGUGUGUGUGUGUGGUGUGUGUGUGUGUAAUGUAGCUCAGUGAUGUUUUGGAAAUUUGAAUUUGGAAAUUAUUGCAAUAACAUAUUGUAUUUAAGAUGUUUGGUGAUGUCAGUGAAGUCGGUGUGAUAAAGAGAAGAAUGUUGACUUGCUCAAAUAAACUUAAUAAUUCUAACUUUUUAGUUCGCUGAAACCAAAUGCAGAUGUGUAUUUUUUGGACAUGUCAAAUUGUGCAUGAAAAUGCUUACGCAUUUGUUUCGGUAUACAAUUCCCUAUAAAGAACAUGGUACACUAAUGAUAGAUAGAAUCAGAUGUGAUGUAGACAUCAUGGUCAUCAGGUUUCUUAUAUACUGUAUUUUUUGAGUUUAUAAUACAUGUAGUCUAAUACUGAAAAGGGUUGAGGUUAAAUAUCUGUGGCUUAAGCCUGCUGCAUAUGGUCUAUAGCAGUGUCCUGCUAAAAUCAGAGUAUUUAUCUUUGAGAUGAUGCUGUGGUGAAAUCAAGGAUGUUUAAUAUUAUACUUUUUUAUAUGAGUGUGAUUUAAAAAAAUAAAAAAAAUAAACAGCAUCACACAAAAAGCCAUGGAUUCCCCUACCAUCUGUUGUGUAAGCCACACCAAAAUGUAUGCCCAGAAA